AAAAUUCAUUCUUUCAUUCAUUUUCCAAUUAUAAUAUAUUCUCUGUUCUCACUCCAUCGGUGAAGAAGAAGAAAAGUUAAGUCCCCAUCCAUCAUCAUCAUCAUCAUCAUCAUCAUCAUCCAUGGCUGGCUUUUCAAGAGCUCUGUUUCUUCUCACCUUUCUCCUUUUCAGCUUCUCAGAAGCCAGAGAGAUCUUGGUCGGAGGCAAAUCCAAUGUCUGGACAAUCCCUUCUUCUCAAUCUCAAUCCCUCAAUCAAUGGGCUGAAACCUCCCGUUUUCGCAUUGGCGACACUCUCGUGUGGAAUUACGAAGAAGGGAAGGAUUCGGUACUGAAAGUGACAAAGGAAGAUUACGAAGCCUGCAACACCGAAAACCCAGAACAGAGAUUCGAGGAUGGGAAUACGAAAGUGGAGCUACAGAAACCAGGCCCUUUUUAUUUCAUCAGUGGGGCAAAGGGUCACUGCGAGCAGGGCCAGAAGCUGAUUGUUGUGGUUGUGACUCCUCGCCGCAGGUUCAUCGGCAUCUCUCCGGCGCCUUCUCCGGCGGAGAGUGAGGGUCCGGCGGUUGCUCCGUCGAGUGGAGCUGCGAAUUUGAAGGUUGGGUUUUUGGCGGUGGUUGUCGGAGUUAUGGGUUUGCUGUGAGGAUUGGAACUACUUGAUUUUGGGUUCUUUCCUUGGUUUUAUUUGUUUGAUUUAGAUUUUGGAUGUAACUCCACAUUCCAUUCGGAAUAUCCAAAAAAUAUUAAUAUAUAAUAUUCGUUAAUUUUUCCA